UAUCAAAUACUCUAAUUGAUACAAUCAAAUCCCGUCUCUUACGAUGAUCGCCACCGGCGGGUUAAUCCUUCUCGGAGCGCUUCUCCCAGCACUGUCGUCUGCAUCUCCAAUUGUCGCUGCGGGCUCCAAGCACAACGUCUAUCUCGUCAAAUGCCAAUGGAGCGACUGCGACAUCUUCUGCGAUCCCGAUGAUGUUGCCUUGACUGCAGCUGCGUACUUCAGCGGCGGACCUGUUCCCGAAGGAACCACUCGAGCUGUAACGCCAACAAGACUAGGUCGGGUCAGUGGUCAAUGGGAGGGAACCACCAAGAGCGUUCGACUUGGAACCGAUGGAACAUUCAAAGCGACAAUCCCGACGAGUGCUCGAACGGCGAAGAAGGGUGAAAUCGUAGGAGACGCAACACUAGGAGAUGAGCCUUUUGUGUGCUUCAAGGAUGGAUCAUCUCAAAUCCCCCUUCGAUACGACGGCGAAACCUAUACCUGCACGACAGACUAUUGGUGUCCAAGCAUCAGCGUUGGCGAGACAGCUUGAUACGAGAAGGCCUAGGAGAUGAAUGGAAUUUCCUCGGAAGAAGAGCAUUGUGAAUAAAAGAUUGUACAUGAUGUAUUCAUUAGCUUGUGCUUGGUGUUGUAUCAAAAAAAGAGAAAUUAAAGUGCUGUUACGGCCUUUCCUGUUCAUCAUGGUGACCUCGUAGGUAUACAUGUACCGAUGUGAUAAGACGAUAUUUGAAGAACACAUAUCUCUUACGGCUGUAACAUAAAUUCCACCGUAGGUUCCGACAAACUGCUAGCUAUGACAACAGGCCAGAAUGUCUAUAUGAAGAGCUCAGUUGCCAUAUUAAUUAUCGAUCAGAUAAAAAUAGCGCAUAGGCUAGAUCAGCGACCAUAUAUUGCAGUAUGAAGAAAAGUAGCCGUAGUUGUAGGUUAGAUAUACUCUAUGCG